AUGAGCAGGCCAGAGCAUCAGGCGCCACCUGAAAUCUACUACGGAGACACAGAAGCACGCAAAUACACCGCCAACACACGAAACCAGGAGAUCCAGGCAGAAAUGACAUUGCGCGCUAUCGAACUACUUGCUCUUCCUCCACACCGACAUCCAGCUCUUGUACUCGAUAUUGGAUGCGGCUCAGGCCUGUCAGGCGAAAUAUUAACUGAACUGGGGCAUGAAUGGGUCGGAUUCGAUAUCAGUCCGAGCAUGCUGAGUGUCGGCCUCGAAAGAGAUGUAGAAGGAGAUAUGAUCUUGGCCGAUGCUGGACAUGGAUGCAUGUUUCGCGCAGGUAGUUUCGAUGGGGCUAUCAGUAUCUCGGUGCUUCAGUGGCUCUGCAAUGCAGACACGAGUUACAACUCUCCCGCAGCUCGUCUCAGCACGUUCUUCUCUACGCUUUACGCUUCUCUUUCUCGCGGUGCGCGAUGCGUCUUUCAGUUCUAUCCAGAAAGCGAUGAUCAAGUCACAUUCAUCAUGUCGCAAGCCACGCGGGCAGGAUUUGGUGGCGGUCUCGUCGUUGACUACCCCAACUCUGUCAAGGCCAAGAAGAUUUACUUGGUUCUGUGGGUCGGCGGUGAAAUGCUCGUGGGUCCUAAUGGUGAAGGUCAAGGUGUGAAGCAACGGCUUCCUGAUGCUCUGGACUUUGACGAGAACGACUCCACCGUACGUCAUGAAACCCGCAAGAUGCAGGAUGUUAGAAAAGACCGACAUCGUAAAAACAAGAAGAUUGAGUCAUCUAAAGCAUACAUUCAACGUAAAAAGGAUCUCAAUCGCUCACGUGGAAAGUCUGUACGUGCUCCCUGCCUGAUUACUGACCUUAAGGAUGUGCCAAAUGACUCCAAGUAUUCAGGCCGUCGGCGUCGGCACAAGUAG